GCCUGGUACUUCUGGUCUCUGACUUACAUCUGGUCUUCAAAAGCUUUUAUCUUUGCCUCGAUAACUUCGAUCAAACAAUGCCUUCCAUCAUGGCUCCAUCAGUCCAGUUCUUCCUUGCUUCAUCUAUUCUUCUCGUCUUCACGCCACUAGUGUCGGCGCAAGGUGCAGGAGCAUGCCCGACCAAUGUGGUCAGCUAUCCUGUUCUAGCAGGGUCAGUCAUGGGAGCGUUCAUCUUUGCGAUCAUUCUGGAGACCACUGCCAUCUUGUGCUAUAAACACUAUUGUAAGAAAAAGCCUCCAAAGCUGGAACACACGUUCAUCACAAGCGACGGAAAGGAGGUGAAGAUCAAGGAAAAGAUCACGGCUCCAAAUGAAGAGAAGGAGCACGAUCGGCACAGGGAGACCAGGAAGGGCCUGAAGAGUGAGCGGAAGCAGGAAGUUUUCAGUGUUUCUGAUAACAAUACUGACACCGAGAGCGCUAUUCACGGUCCUGCUAUCUACCGUUACCCUAUCGCCAUCGAUAAGGAGACGGGAGACAGCAUCAUGAACGGAAGGCACAAGUACGAACCAGACCUCGGAAACAACUACCUCUACUCUACCGGAUGGCAGUCGUCGGAUGAUGGAAGCGGAAUCAACAGCCGCAGGAUUAGUCAAUUGGGAAAGGAUGAAGUACCUAUUCUCCGUGGCCUCCACAAGGGUUCUGACGUUGAUGUUGAUUUCUCCUCUGCCCGAUUCAAGAGCUUGGUCCGCCAACCAAUGCCACAGGAAUGGACCAUCGGAACGGCAACGACAGAUGACGAUAUAAUGACCUACCGCUACCACACAGGAUUUGGAGGAAAGCGACGCGCAUCUUCACCUACUUUGGGAAUCGACAACCAGGGUUUCGUCAGCUCUCGACCAGGAAGUCCCACUCGGGAUUCAACAGUUGUGCAGAUGGAGCCUCGCCAUUCUUCUAAUGAAGCAAGGAUCAGCAUUGAUGAUAGCUUCUUCCAGAAAUCAGGGCGUGGUGGCAGUUCCCGUGGUACCCUUGGUAGCACAAGACCAGGCUUGGGUCGUGCUUUCGACUCCAACUUUAUUCUUAAGGAUCCGCAACGCUCAGACAGCAGCGACGAAGAUCUCUACGACUAUGGAGACAGUGAACACUCUGGACAGAGUUCUGCUCAUUUCGCACCAGGUCGAUACAGAGCAGACAUGGGCGGUAUACCACUAUACAGGCCGGAAGGUGGGUCCCCUACCAGUCCGAGGAGUUUCCGUUUCCACACUGGGUUUUCACAUCCUCAAGAUCCUGAAGGUAACGGUGAGCCUAUCUAUGCCAUCCCACACAAGACCGUUGGUUCUUCCAAGAUCAUACGACCUCACUCUGUUGAAAGGGAUAGGCACCUUGGACACACCACCUAUUCCGUCAUCAACGAAGCACAUUCUACUUCCUACAAGAGACGGCCAGAUCCAAACGAUCCUUCAAGAGUGGUCCGUGAUUCUGCGACCCAGUGUGAACUCCUCGCACCACGACCGAAAAUUUCCUUUGAUGAAGAAUGGCCAAUUACCACUUCCGGAAGACGGUCCAGAGUAGAUCCAGGUGUUCCUACCAUAGGCAUCAUCAAGCUCAUUAGACCAGGGUCUUUCCGUGAGUCGAGACGUCGAAGCCCGAAGCGGUACUCUUGGAGCGCCGACGACGAAGUGCAUCACGUCCGAUCGUCAAGCCUUCCAAGGGAGCGGACCUCAUCUUUCACGGAAAGGACGUCUUACUCGCAGACGUCGCGACGGCCGCGACGAUCGCGUUCAUCAUCACCUGUUCGACGAUCACGUUCGUCUUCACCUGUGCGACGUUCGCCACGAGGGCGCUCACCAGAUCGACAAUUACCUAACUUCGCCGAUGACGAGACAGACAUACCAACUAUCGGUGUUAUUCGUCUGAUAUCAAGGGGUGGAACAAGGACCUCUUUUGGGGGAGAUGAUUCAAGCAGUGGAAUCAGCGUCGGAGAUUCCACGCCUCAAGUCAGCCGACAACCCUCCUCUUCUAGACGCCCUGGCUCUAUUUAUCAAUAUGCCCAAGAUAUUCUAGACGAGGAUGAACGACUCUACAGUACAGUCACAAAACAACAACCACGGCAAAGCUAUAGCGACAUACCUUCCAUAGGGGUUAUCAAACUUGUCUCAGACCAAAGCCGCCCUCAACCAUUGGAGAGACGUAUGAGUUGGGCUGGUGAGGAUUUCGAAAAUUUUGAUACCUCUCGCAGGCUAGGUAGAUCUGGCAUACGUAGGUCCUUUGAUGAAAAGGAAACCUUUACUUCAUCAUCAUCCACACAGAGGAGACGUCGAAGUCCAUCACCUGACAAAGAGAAAGGGAACUUCCCAACAAUUGGUGUUAUAAAAUUAGUUCGUCCGGAUUCUGUUCAACAACCACUAUGGAAUGAGCUGAAUCGAUAUGUUAAACCAUCUGGCCGGUCAUCCCUUAUUAGGCACGAGUCAUGGGACGAGACGGAUGUCCAGGAAACGCAGAGAACUCGAUCUACAAAGAGGCCACAGAUGAAUGAUAGCUACACUGAACCAGCUAUCACAUGGCCACAGUUGAUCCACACCGUCAGGGAUCUUGUUGAUGAAGAACGGAAGCUGUCGUCGAAAUCAUCAGGCAAAAAGGCACCUGUCCUUGGAGUUUUUAAAUUAAAAUCAACGAAAGAAAAGGAACCUAGAGUCUCUGCAGUUUCUCAAGGUACAAAUCCAGACCAACCUUGGCACCGCCUCGUAUCUCAGUUGGAAGAAGAAAUAGAAUCAUCAGUAAUACGAAAGACACACCAAAUGAAAGAUAGAUCUGAACCAAGAACUGUCAGCAUCGUGAAACUUCAAGCCCCUAAUCAACCAAUACCGGACACAAGAUCCACGGGAACCAAUCCAGACAUUCCAUGGAACCAAGUCAUGAGGAUGAUACAGAGUGAAACAGAAGAAAUUAUUGAGAGGAAACAGUCGCUGAAGCAGAAAAGACCCAGUAAUCUCGGAUCAAUUCAACUGAAAUCCAAACCCAGGCCGCCAAUGUUUGAUUCUGCUACUCAGCCAGAACUUACAUGGCUGCAAGUGGUCAAAAUCAUCAAAGAGGAAACUGAAGGAAUGACCAAGAAACAAAUGCCACCACCCGUUGCCAAAGAUGACAAAGGAAUACAACCUGAAAUGAACUGGCCUGAAAUUAUUCAACUAGUUCAACAAGAGGUCAUAAAACAGGUAAAGGAAACUGAGAUAACAAAAAGGAGUGAACAAAAGCAUGACAAGAUUCCUCUGGCUGUCGUCAAGCUCGUUGGUGGCGAAGAUAAACCCAAAACAGGACAAGAUCAAUCAACAGAACCAGAGCUUACAUGGGGCCAAAUGGUGAGGAUGGUACAGACUGAAGUUGAAGAUAUCAUUCGAAAGAAGACCAAAAAGGAACCCAAAAGAAAGGAAACUGGUGACGCAAGUACAGAACCUGAAUUGACAUGGCCUUUAUUGGUUAGAAUAGUGCAAGAGGAAGUAGAAAACAUGGUCAAGAAGAAGAACACUAAGAGUACAUCUGAAAAAGGCACGAAACCUGAAAAGGACUGGAGUACAGUUGUCGGUACUAUUCAGGAGACAGCCAUUGAGGAGUUUAAAAGAACUUCCCAAAAGAAGAAGUCAAAGGAAGAAAAGCCGCCAAUGAUUGGCGUCUUUAAGAUCAAGGCAGAGCAACAAUCUCAAGUCACGUCUAUUCCUCGUCCAAGGACGAUUGACCAAGGGACACAACCUGGAACAUCAUGGGAUCGCCUACUAAGUAGAAUUGAGGAAAACGCCAUAAUGUCCGUCAAGAGAACAUCUACCAAGCAGAAGCCAAAACCAGCUGAACCUACUUCAAUCGGAAUUAUCAAGUUGAAGGCACCUGAUAUCAGCCAGAAAACAGAGACAUCUACUCAAUCUGUGGACAUUGACGUAUCUGACAGCUUUACCCAGCCUGAGCGAUCAUGGCGAGAUCUCUUGAGAGGAUUGAAGAUGGAACUUGAGAGUGAGUAUAUCAAGACCAUUCGCGAAUUAGAAGCCCACAUUGCAUCACAGGAAGAUCAACCUGAUUAUGCACCAGCCGUUCAAUCACUCGGAGUAUUGACCUUGAAGGCACCAAGAGAACAAAAGGCAAGAUUAAGAGAUAGCUUCACCCAGUAUCACACUCCUGUCAUUAGGGAAAAGUACACACAGUCUGACAAAUCUUGGACAGAACUCAUGAUGAAAAUUGAAGAAGAGACAGAGCGCAAGCUAACUCGACGUGUGAAAAUACCAAAGGUUUCGGAAAAAGAGUCACAAACAAAAGAUGAGAUCCCUGCUCUAUUCCUUGAACCAAUUGCACCUACUGUCGUUUCUUAUGAACAAGCCGCUCCUGAAAUUGACAAAACAGAUUCUUAUGUUCAAGUGGGGCCUAAAAUGGCUGAUAGUACAUCUUCACCGACAGCUGUAAGAAGGAGCAACACUCAAAGUAUGGUUAAACCAAGUGUGGCAGAUAUGUCAACAGGGAUUUCAACAAGAACUAGUGACUCUAAUGUACAGGUAACAGAAAUAAAGAACUUAAAAGACAUUGUAGCUCAGACAGACCUCCAGAUUUCGGAAUCACAUACUCAAACAGAUGCACUUCCAGAAAUCGUCCCGGAACCGGUAGUCAUUGUUGAAGCUCCCAUUGUUCAAACGGCUUUCCAAGAACCCAAGCCCGCCACAAAAGAUGCGUCGACGUUAACAAAAGAUGCACCAAAAGUCAAAGACCAAUCUUCAGAAGUUACACCCGACUAUAAAGAAAAGGAGGUCCCUGCAUGGAAGAUAUCUGUUCAGAAUUUUACCACCCAAUUCGAUACACCACUACCUAAAUCAUCCACAUCAGGUCAACAAACCUCGGUGUCAGUCCUUGAAAAAGGAACUGCCACCUUGGAAAAGACCCCUGGUUUUGCCGGAGUUCAAGUUUCACCGGUAUAUGAAACACACAGCACCUCUGUCGAAAUGAAAGUCUUGUCAUCGAGACCGGUUCAAGUCACUAUGGAGAAAGAAAACAGGAAUUCAGCAUCAAAUACAGACCGAAUUCAAACUGAAGAUGUGUCGGUUGAGGCAAAACUUGAUAGUGUUGAUACUCAAGAUGAGGGUGCUUCUACUAAUCGAAUUGAUAUGAAGGACUCUACUUUACAGAUAACAGCUGAAACAACAACGGCUGGAUCUCAGGUCACUUCAAGGGUGGCAUCAACAUCUUCAUCUGCACCCAGACCAUCUACGGCAACAAAAGAAACUCAAAUAUCCUCCAAAUUGGUAGAAAAAGACACAUUAACGGAUGGGGUAAAGAAGAAGGACGCUGGUGUAACAGUUGACUUAUCAUCCAAAAAAGAGGUGGUAAAUUUCUAUUUGGAACAGCUGAAGAAGAAACCAAAGGUCAAUGCAAAAUCAUCUCAGUGUGACCUUCUUGUUGCUCCAAAAAUGAAGGAUAUGGCAAGUGAAAUAAAACCAAAGGUACGAAAUCAACAGCAACAGAUAAAUCCGAAAGGAGAUAAUGAUGGUACCCAGUACGACCAAGUGAAAGUGACCAGCAGCAGUACUCAAUUGUCCCUAGUCAAGCCUGUAUUGCAAGAUUUCUCGACACAAUCGAUUCUAUCCAUGAAAUCUACUGGCGCACUGGCAACGACUGAUACUCGUGACAAAAUGUGCGAAGCAGACAUACCACAGGAAAGAGAAGAGAUAGUCCAACCUGAGAUAGUACAGCCUGUUCUGAUGGCCCCGACUUUCCUUGAGCCCGAGACAACCAAUGUUUCUAUGAACACGGAUAGUUUACCGAUAUCCUCUACUAUCGGUUCACAAAUUAAACCUGAAAUAUCAUCACAGGCUUCAACAGCUUUCCCAGACAUGGAGAGCACAUCGACCGCGACAACACGUGUGGAAAUUGCAUCAGAGAAGGUCCAAGCUUGCGCAACGGUUAAGGAGCUUGCCACAUGUACAGCUAAAAUAGAACUCAAGAGUACUUCUAGUUCGGCUGACAUAAAAAUUGUUCCUUCAACUUCUUCAAUCGGUGGACAGGUUGAUAUAAAAAACUCGGUUGCAGAUCAAGAGAGUCAAGUUCCCAAGACCGAGAUAAGGACAUUGGGAAGUAACACUGAGCAACCAGCCUCUACAAAGCAAUCCGCUUCACAAAUCAAGCCAUUUGGUGUUGAUAGUUCUAUGAAUACUGAGCAAGCAAGAAUAGAUGUGACAGCUGUCAACACGGUUUCACCAGAUUAUAGAAUCACAGCGGUGAAUACAUCCCCUGCACCAGAGAGGAAGAACACCUCUUCUCAGUAUUCGCUCCAGAGUACUACAUCUGCAGUAAUGGCUAUCCCUACCUUAUCUGAUGAGACUACGCAAUAUGAGAGUUCUACUGUUGCAUCUGCGAUGAAUACCGAUAAGAUCAAACAGGCUGACCAGCAAUCACAUGUCAACUUUCAGUCUCCUGUUCAAACCGAGAAGAUUGUAAUGCAAGAGGUGCCAGCAGUCCAGUUCUCCGCUCCUGUGUUUUCUCCACCGCUCACGGACACCGAAUCCCAAGCUACACCGGAGCUGAGGAAUUCUGAAAGUAAUACCAGACUGAUUGAACUUGCAGAUUCUACAUCCCAAAUCCAGCCAGCCAUGAGUACCACAAUGUCUGCAGCUCACCCAGAGACAGAACAUGUUGCUAUUGGAGUGUUCGUAGGUGGAAAAGACUUUGCACAGCAAGCUAAGAUAGAGGAUCAGCCAACAUUAACCAGUGACUGUGGCUCAAACACAAUUCCUACUGAUGUAAAUGAUGGAUCUAGCAAUACUUCACCCCUACCUACAAGAGCAAAUACUGGAUCUCAGAUAUCUGCAGCAACAUCGAUCGCAAAUAUUUUGGUUAAGCCAGAUGUUGAUGUGGGCUCCACAAUCACAAUGGCUAUCCCUACCUUAUCUGAUGAGACUACGCAAUAUGAGAGUUCUACUGUUGCAUCUGCGAUGAAUACCGAUAAGAUCACGCAGGCUGACCAGCAAUCACAUGUCAACUUUCAGUCUCCUGUUCAAACCGAGAAGAUUGUAAUGCAAGAGGUGCCAGCAGUCCAGUUCUCCGCUCCUGUGUUUUCUCCACCGCUUACGGACACCGAAUCCCAAGCUACACCGGAGCUGAUGAAUUCUGAAAGUAAUACCAGAUUGAUUGAACUGGCAGAUUCUACAUCCCAAAUCCAACCAGCCAUGAGUACCACAAUGUCUGCAGCUCACCCAGAGACAGAACAUGUUGCUAUUGGAGUGUUCGUAGGUGGAAAAGACUUUGCACAGCAAGCUAAGAUAGAGGAUCAGCCAACAUUAACCAGUGACUGUGGCUCAAACACAAUUCCUACUGAUGUAAAUGAUGGAUCUAGCAAUACUUCACCCCUACCUACAAGAGCAAAUACGGGAUCUCAGAUAUCUGCCGCAACAUCGAUCGCAAAUAUUUUGGUUAAGCCAGAUGUUGAUGUGGGCUCCACAAUCACAAUGGCUAUCCCUACCUUAUCUGAUGAGACUACGCAAUAUGAGAGCUCUACUGUUGCAUCUGCGAUGAAUACCGAUAAGAUCAAACAGGCUGACCAGCAAUCACAUGUCAACUUUCAGUCUCCUGUUCAAACCGAGAAGAUUGUAAUGCAAGAGGUGCCAGCAGUCCAGUUCUCCGCUCCUGUGUUUUCUCCACCGCUCACGGACACCGAAUCCCAAGCUACACCGGAGCUGAGGAAUUCUGAAAGUAAUACCAGACUGAUUGAACUUGCAAAUUCUACAUCCCAAAUCGAACCAGCCAUGAGUACCACAAUGUCUGCAGCUCACCCAGAGACAGAACAUGUUGCUAUUGGAGUGUUCGUAGGUGGAAAAGACUUUGCACAGCAAGCUAAGAUAGAGGAUCAGCCAGCAUUAACCAGUGACUGUGGCUCAAACACAAUUCCUACUAAUGUAAAUGAUGGAUCUAGCAAUACUUCACCCCUACCUACAAGAGCAAAUACUGGAUCUCAGAUAUCUGCCGCAACAUCGAUCGCAAAUAUUUUGGUUAAGCCAGAUGUUGAUGUGGGCUCCACAAUCACAACUUACAAUACGAAAGAUGGUUCAAGCAAUACUUCUCCCCUCCCGAAGUUAGCAGAUAGUGGAUCACAAAUUUCCAUUGACACAGCAACUGCAACAAUGACAGCUAAGCCACCAGUUGCAGAAGGAACAUCUAAUACGCAAAUCAGCGUCACAUCUAAUGAAACGCAAUAUGAAAGUUAUGUCACCAACAGUUCAUCAAAUACAAAUAUAGUGGUAAACGUGGACAAAUCCUCUCUGGUAAAUAUACCCGAGGAAAUAAAAACAGAAAAGAUUAUCAUGCAACAAGCUCCUCCUGUAGAGUUUUCACCUCCGGUUUUCUCUCCACAAAUUACCGAAACUGCAGCACAGAUUACACCAGAGCAAAAAGAUUCAGGCAGCAACACACUCUCAGUCAGCACAAAAGACACACCGGCGCAGGUCACACCAGACAUGGCUUCAAUCAUGACAACAGUGCAACCAAGUACAUCAGAUAUGGCGUCUCAUGCGAGUGCCAGGAUCUCGGACUUCACUCAGCAGGCCAGGAUCACACCUGAGGCAUUAGAUGCUACUGUGCAAUUCAAGCCCAAUAUGACAACCACAAUGUCAACAGUACAGCCUACGACAUCUGAGAAGGCGGCCCAUGUGACUUCUCAGAGUUCAGACUUCACUCAGCAAGCUAAAAUUCAACCCCAGAUUGCAAAUGCCAGUGCUAACACCAUUGUCAAAGACAUUAAAGAUGGAGCUAGUAACACUUCACCGCUUCCGAUGAGGGCACAUUGCUUUGUUAACACUGAAACUGUAAAACAUCAAGACCAAUGUUUCAUGGUGAAUAUUCCUACGGAGAUAAAGACGGAAAAAAUCAUCAAGGAAGUAGUUCCACCAGUUCAAUUCUCAGCUCCAGUUUUAUCACCGCCCAGUACUGAUUCUGAAUCGCAGAUUUCACCAGAUCAUGUGGACUCAAGCACAAACACUAAGCUCCCGGUCGCUCAGAAAGAUUCAAGUAGCAAUACCUUGGCUGUCAGCCUCAAAGAUGCACCAGUACAGAUAAAGCCAAAUAUGACAUCAACAAUGUCAACGGUUCAACCGGUUACAUCCGACAUGGCAGCGCAUGCGAUUGCACAAAAUACUGACUUUACUCAACAAGCUAAAAUACAAGCUCAAAUCGCAGAUGCUGCUGCCAAUACCGAUGCUAAAGAUAUCAAAGAUGGAGCUAGCAACACGUCACCGCUUCCGAUGAGGGCACAUUGCUUUGUUAACACUGACGCUGUAGAACACCAAGACCAAUCUUCCAUGGUGAAUAUUCCAACGGAGGUAAAGACGGAAAAAAUCAUCAAGGAAGUGGUUCCUCCAGUUCAGUUCUCAGCUCCAGUUUUAUCACCGCCCAGUACCGAUUCUGAAUCGCAGAUUUCACCAGAUCAGGUGGACUCAAGCACAAACACUAAGCUCCCGGUUGCUCAGAAAGAUUCAAGUAGCAAUACCUUGGCUGUCAGCCUCAAAGAUGCACCAGUACAGAUAAAGCCAAAUAUGACAUCAACAAUGUCAACGGUUCAACCGGUUACAUCCGACAUGGCAGCGCAUGCGAUUGCACAAAAUACAGACUUUACUCAACAAGCUAAAAUCCAAGCUCAAAUCGCAGAUGCUGCUGCCAAUACCGAUGCUAAAGAUAUCAAAGAUGGAGCUAGCAACACGUCACCGCUUCCGGUGAGGGCACAUUGCUUUGUUAACACUGACGCUGUAGAACGCCAAGACCAAUCUUCCAUGGUGAAUAUUCCAACGGAGGUAAAGACGGAAAAAAUCAUCAAGGAAGUGGUUCCUCCAGUUCAGUUCUCAGCUCCAGUUUUAUCACCGCCCAGUACUGAUUCUGAAUCGCAGAUUUCACCAGAUCAGGUGGACUCAAGCACAAACACUAAGCUCCCGGUUGCUCAGAAAGAUUCAAGUAGCAAUACCCCGGCUGUCAGCCUCAAAGAUGCACCAGUACAGAUAAAGCCAAAUAUGACAUCAACAAUGUCAACGGUUCAACCGGUUACAUCCGACAUGGCAGCACAUGCGAUUGCACAAAAUACAGACUUUACUCAACAAGCUAAAAUCCAAGCUAAAAUCGCAGAUGCUGCUGCUAAUACUGAUGCUAAAGAUAUAAGAGAUGGAUCCAGCAACACCUCACCACUUCCUGCGAGAGCAAACAUUGGUUCUCAAAUUCAGGCCGAAACCUCGACAACGUCUAUGAUGGCAAGACCAGUGAUUGCUGAUGAUUCUUCUAACACCAAAAUCAUUAUGCAUCAAGAUCAAGCUUCCUUCGCAAGUAUUCCAAUGGUGGUAAAGACUGAACAGGUUAUCAAACAAGAAGUUCUCCCAGUCCAAUUUUCAGCUCCUGUGUUCUCUCCUUCCAUUACUGAUUCUGAAGCUCAAAUAUCUCCAGAUCAAAUGGACUCGAGCACGAAUACGAAAUUACCAUUAGCUCAGAGAGACUCUAGUAGCAACACAGUGACGGACGUAAAGGAUGGAGCAAGUAAUACAUCUCCUCUUCCAGUAAGGGCAAACAUUGCUUCUCAAAUCAAGGCUGACACGUCAAUUGCGUCGAUGAUGGCUAGACCAAUGGUGACAGAGGGUUCUGUUAAUACCAGUGUCCUGAAACAACAAAACCAAUCGAGUAAUACCUCACCACCACCCGUGAGGGCUCAUUGUUUCGUUAACACUGAUGUUGUGAGGCAACAAGAUCAGGGUUUCAUGGUGAAUAUCAAACCAGAAACAGCAUCAACAAUGUCAUCAGUUCGCCCUAUAAUGAUGGAUGCUGCAGCCCUCACCAUCGCCCGCUCUGAAGAUUUCACACAACAAGCUCGAAUCAAAGCUGAAAUUAAAGACGCAAGUGGAAACACAGAUGUUACCGACGUUAAAGACUACGCUAGUAACACUUCCCCGCUUCCAGUCAGGGCGAAUACUGCUUCUCAAAUCAAGGCCGACACAUCGAUUGCUUCUAUGUUUGCCAGGCCACUUGUCACAGAAGAUUACACUGCAACAUUUCACAUUACAAAUUCCACUAGUGAAACGCAAUAUGAGAGUACUUCAGUCAGUAGUUCUAUGAACACUGUUAUAGUGAAACAACAUGACCAGGCUUCUCUGGUUAAUAUUCCCAUGGAAAUACAGACAGAACAAGUUAUCAAGCAAGAAGUUCCUGCUGUACAGUUUUCAGCUCCAAUUAUGUCUCCUCCAGUUUCAGAAACUGGAUCCCAGGUUGCACCCGACCAAAUGGAGUCUAGUACCAACACAAAGCUCCCUACCGUCAAAAAAGAUUCGGGUAUGAACACAUCAGUCAGAGUCAAAGAUACACCAUCACAGAUCAAGCCAGAUCUGACCUCAACUAUGUCAACAGUGCAGCCUACAACAUCUGACAUGGCAGCUCAUGCAAUUGCACAGGCUGAAGAUUUCACCCAGCAAGCUAAGAUAGAGGAACCAUCUGCUGAAAUUGCUGAUGCAACUGCACAGGCCUCACCAAUUAUGACUUCAACAAUGUCAACAGUCCGACCAAGAACAUCGGACACGGCCAGUCACGCAAUUGCCCUUGGUUCAGAUUUUAGUCAACAAGCUAAGAUCCAAGCAGAAAUUACAGAUGCUUCUGCCAAUACCAAUACAAUAUACGUAAAAGACGGUACAAGUAAUACUUCACCACGUCCAGAGAGGGCGCAUAUUGGUUCUCAAAUCCAGGCUGACGUAUCCUUUGAUUUUGCUCAACAAGCCAAAAUCCAAGCAGAAAUUUCAGAUGCAUCCGUCAAUACUAAUGUCACCAAUGUAACAGAUGAAGCCAGUAAUACCUCUCCUCUUCCAACGAGGGCAGCUGUUGGAUCUCAGAUCACUGCUAAAACUACGGCCUCGUCUGUCUCAGUCAGACAGAUCGUUGUCGAAAGUUCAACAAUAACAUCUUUCAAAAAUUCAACGAGAGAGACACAAUAUGAAAGUAAAGCUAUCCACAGUGGGAUGAACACGGCUAUUACAGAACGAAAAGAGCAGUCUUCAUUUGUUAAUAUGCCUGUUGCUGUGAAGACGGAGGAGAUCAUACGCCAGCAGGUACCAUCGGUACAAUUUGCUCCAGCAGUGUUCCCUCCUCAGCUUACGGACAUUGCAGCCCAGAUAAAACCCGAUCAGAGUGAAUCAAGUACCAAUACGCAGUCUAAAAAAUUCAGAGACACUACAUCUCAGGUGAUAUCAACCACCCAAACAAAAGAUUCUAUGGCACAGGUUGUGGUCGAUCAAAGUACGUCAAGUAGUAAUACCAAUAUUAUUGAGCAAGCCGACUCUAACGUACAAGUAAAACCGGCAGUAAUAUCAACAAUGUCCACUAUACGUCCCACCACAGGGACAGUAUCGAUUUCAGCAACAGUCGAUGGCAGAGACUUUACUCACCAGGCUUUGAUUAAAGCACUUACACCUGAAUUAGCAGAUGCUGGAUCAAACACUGACAGGGUCGCUAUGAAACAUGAAGAAAGUAACACGAAAUCUGUGAUUCUUACUGAUGGGAUAAGCAAUACAUCUCCCCUUCCGCAGAGGGCGUCAAUUGGUUCUCAAGUUGGUGUUGAAGCGUCGACUUCAUCGAUGAUGGCCAAACCUGAUCUAAAGUCCUCUAAGACUUCCCCUAUUCUUGUAAGAAAGCAGGACCAAGCAACACAUGUGAAUAUUCCUGUAUCUGUUACAGAGGAGAUAACGCGGCAAGAGGCUGUACCAGUAGAAUUUGCUCCUGUAUUCAAGCCAGACUUUACAAACUCGGAGGCUCAGAUUCAACCAGUACAGACCGAUUCAAGUACAAAUACUAAACAAGUUGAAGUACGAGAUUCAAUAUCUCUAACCGAAAAGACAACCGUACAACAGUCGACCACCCAGAUAACUCUUCUACAGGAAAAUUCUAGUAGCAAUACUACAAUUGUUCAUGUGAAAAAUGCUGCUGCUCAGAUUGAAGGUCCAAAGACAAGAGACCUAUCUUCACAGGUGAAGCCAGGUAGUUCCUCAGCAAUUUCAAUGGCAACUGUUUCACAGCAAGAUGUUACCGUUCAGAUGGCGGAAAAGGUUCCUGUUAUCAGAGACACUGGUUCCAAUACUGCACAUGUUCAAUUAGUCGAUGAUUCGAGCAAUACCUCACCUCUCCCAACUAGAGCCAACAGUGCUGCACAGAUAUCAACAAUGACCUCUAAUUCUACCAUGAUGGCCAAGCCGUCAAUGGCAGUGGGUUGUACUUCUCCAAUACUCCAGAAGAAGCGUGAUCAAUCAUCCCAAGCUAAUUUACCAACUGUCACGACUGAAGAGAUUAUCAGAGUGGAACAGCCCAAUGUUGAGUAUGCCCCGAUUAUUCUCAUGCCAGAGAUUGCCGAAAUUGGAGCUCAAGUUGAACCAAAUCAGAUGGAAUCGAGUACCAAUACAACGAAGGUUGAUUUGAAGAAUACUUCAUCGCAGAUGAAGGAAACAGUAGUCGAGGAAUCAAACACUCAGAUCUAUAAAUCAGUGUCACACACAAGCAGUAAUACAUUGAAUGUUAGUGUCACAGACACCAUGACUCAACUUGAAAGACUAGAAAUGCGAAACGUGAUGGCACAAUCUUCGCCAACUACUGCAUCAACCGUUGCAUCCAUAAAACCAGAAACUUGUGACAUUGCUACCUUUUCAGAAGUAGAAGGUAAAGACUUUACCAACCAGGCAGUAAUUGAAGAACCUUCGCCUGACAAUAUGGAUACAGGUUCAAAUACAGAUAAUGUGCCUGUAAAGGACGGGAUGAGCAAUACAUCACCCUUGCCGAAACGUGCAAAUAUUGGCUCGCAAAUUUCACUUAGUACGGCGUCAACCAUAUCAUCUGUAAAGCCAGAAACUGAGGAUGCUAAUACUCUUUCACAAGUAGACAGCAAAGACUUCACUAAUCAGGCCAUAAUUGAAGAACCUUUGCCAGACAAUAUGGAUACAAGUUCAAAUACAGAUAAUGUGCCUGUGAAGGACGGGAUGAGCAAUACGUCACCUUUGCCAAAACGUGCGAAUAUUGGCUCUCAGAUCUCCGCUGCUACGCAAGAUGAUACCACGUCGCCAAUUCUUAUGAGGAAGUCCGAUCAAGCUUCAAAUGCAAACAUACCUGACAUCAAGCACGAGGAAGUGAUUAAGCAGGAGGUGAUUCCAGUAGAAUUUGCACCCGUCUUUAAACUUGAGCUUGAAGAUUCAGGAUCACAGAUCGAGCCUGAUCAAAUGGACUCGAGUUCUAAUACGAAGACGCCUCUCAUCAGUGAUUCUUCAUCACAAUCUGACAAGUUGAACACAGAUGAUUCUGCCGCACAAGUUCGUCCUGUCACAGAAGCCUCAUAUUCGUCGACAGCUGUGAAAGGAUUCGAUUUCACACAACAAGCUCAGAUUGAGCUAAAAGCGCCAGACUGUGCGGAAACGGGAAUCAACACUGAUACAAAGAGAACGUCGAGUUUUAAAGUUCAGGUGAAACCAAUGUCCACAGCAGUGUCUGCAACUGCAAAGCCUUCGUUAGGUGACAGCUUUAGUAACACCGAUCGUGUAGGUACCGUGACACAACCAACUCAGACAAUGCAUGAACCAAAUACAAAAGAGCUGGAAGUCCAAAAUUCGCCCAAUACAGUGGAACACAGUGCAAGUACUGUUCAGUCUAAAUUUUCGAGCUCACUAACUCAUUAUGACAUCACUUCGACCAACAUUGCUUCACAAAUGAGGAUUCAGACGGCCAAUAUUUCAUUGACAGCCCAGACACCAACACAGGAAUCGAAGACGGAUCCUAUAAUCUUGAAAAGGGCAAAUCAGAAAACCCAGUGUGAGCUCAUUUCUUCCGAGAUUUCAAUGAAUACCGAGUUUAUCCAAAAGAAAGAUCAAUCGAGCCAAGCUGACAUUCCUUCACCUAUCAAUGAAGAUGUAGUCAAGGAAGAUGCACCUGAGGUUGAACUACCCGCUGUUGUAUUCCAAGUUGAGAUGUAUGAUGUCGAAACACAGACAACCUCUACUUUCACAGAAAGUGGUACAAAUACAGCUGUGGUAAAAAUUAGUGAUACAACUCUGCAGGUGUCACCUAUUACUAAAAAUACAAGCAGUAAUACCGCUUCUAAGAAGAUCUCCGUAACUGCCGUAAAUACCAUGUCGCCUCCAGAAACGAUUGAAACAGCAUCACAGAUGGCGGUACGAACUGCAUCAGCUGCAAUGAUGGCAAAACCAGUUAUUCGUCAUGCGAACACGACUACAUCCACCAGGUACUUUAAAUCACAGAUUAUUCAGCAAGACAGAUCAUUCACAGAUGCUUCGGUCAAUACUGAAUCAGCCAAGAAAACAGAGAAAGCAUGUGAAGCAAAUAUGCCCACACCUGAGGAAGUUCGACCAGAAUACCAAGAUGCCCAGGCUCAAAUAGCUCCUGUCAUAUAUGAAAAGUGUUCCAAUACAUUAGUGAAGAAUUUGACGAAUAGCCAGUCACAGUUCUUGGUGCCCCAAUCUUCUACAUUAACAAACACACCUAAGCGACCGAGUACCACAGAAAGUACAGCCCAAAUACAGCCAGAAACUGAUUCAACAUCAGCUCACGCCUUCGCUGAAAUCGGGGAAGCAUCAAUGUUUGCAGGUGUCGUCGCACAAGACUUUACACAGCAAACUAUUCUGGACGAGAUUGGAACAACGGCAACAAAUACUCAGCCUGAUCCAGAGAGUAUUGAAGCAACAGCUCAAGCGAAUCCUAACGUCACUUCAGUGUCAUCACUGGCGCAACCAGUUGUAAAGUCUGAGACGAGCAUUACGAAAAAGACAGUUUUGUAUUCAUACCAGUCUCAAACACAGGAAAUGAAAGAAGAACCCAAAACAGUUGUUAAGAUGAUCAACACAGGGGCACAGACAAAUCCAGUAACCAUUAUUGAUUUUGUUCCUGUGACCGUGGACUCGACCGUGCAAUACGAGACAAAAUAUUACUAUUCUGGGAUGCAAGCAAGGGUACCAUCGCUCCAUCAAGGCAGUCAUGCUGUAGUAGAAAGCUUCCCAGAAUCUUCAACGACGGUUCCACGUGAAACUCAAGAUUCAUCAAACGACCCAAUUCUUAAAGAAGCCAAGGAUGAACCUUCUCAAGUUUUCCCCACUGAGUUCAGGAAUGUAAAUACUCAACACCAGCCAAAGACUGAUACACACUUCCUUCAAACGCAAAUUGAGCAACUGGAAAAAAUAACGUUCGCUUCAGUUGCUAAGGAAAUGAGUGUGCAGGAAUCUCAGUUUGUAACAGAGACUCAAGCUUCUUGCUUCCAAUCUUCACCAGAUAUUUCAGAUGCUACCACGUCAAUAGAUGUUACAGACAAGGAUGAGACACAACAAGCAUCCCCAGCGCUUACAGAAGGUCAUACUGCUAUGGCUGAAGUCGAAACUUCUAUUGCAUCAUCGCAACACAAGUUGUCAACGGCUGAAUCAUCCAUGCAGGCACAAGUAAAACGUCUUGAGAAAAUAACAUUUGCAGAAUACGAGAAAGAACUGAAGGAACUUGGUCUUCAAUGGUCAACUAAAGUAAACAGUGAGGGUUCACAGUUCUCUCCUGAAAUGCGUGAUGGCUUUACUGAUUCAUCUCUUGUGGAUUUUAGUAGCACUGAAUGUCAGGUUACGAAUGACGUGAAUGAGAGAUCUUCAAUGACUGAAAUGACACUUGAGGAUAUCGAAAGCUUGCUUAACGCUGUUAAGAAAAACAUCACUGACACAAUUAGAGAAGAAAUGGUUGUACCAACACUUGCUAAACCAGAGGAAAUGGCAUUUGAUCUUGAUGUUGAGACUGAAGACACUGGGAUCCAGACACUCCUUGAAACUAUAUCUCGCAGCGCAAGCCCAAUCCUGCAAGAAAUGAAGAAUAUGGCUAUACAAUACGAAAAAGCCUUCGAAAUUAGGGACAAAGAGUUGACAGUAAUUCCGGAUACACUCGAAGAGGCAAUCAAUACAGCUCGGACUGAAUUGGAAUCUGUAUUGACUCAGCAUGGAAUUGCUUCAAAGCAUGCAGCAUUCCAGGCAAAAUCGGAUGUAUCAGAAGUUUCAACAUGGAUUCCACAUACUCAAUUGAAGGAACAAUCUACACAAGAAACUAUGAAGCGUGUAUUUGGGCAGGUACAGGUAGCACCUGCAUCGGUGGAAAGAGGAAUAAUGCCGGAGAAACAGCGACUCGGGAAAGCUUCUACUCAAGCAUUCAUGGAAGUGUCGCCAAAGUGGACUCAGUAUGACAUCGAUAGAUCUUCAUCGGCUAUGCAGGCAGGAGUUGAUAAAACAGAUGGGUGGUUUCAAACAAAAGAAUAUAAGCAGCCUGUCUUUGAGCCCAUACAACAAGAACAACAAAAAGAGGAACACUAUGAGUUUUCAUUACGUCCGGUAUGCAUCAACGCUGAGAUUCAAACAGACCCAGUUAUCAUCAAGUCAUUUGAUGAUAAUGACGACAUGGAGACUGAAACGGAUGCAGAUAGUGGUAUUGAAAUAGACAUGCAAACUGACCCUGUUGUUGUAUUGACGGAGCAAGAAUAUGAAGAACUUAUCUCGAGGCCUAUUUCUGAAGAUACCGUCUCACAGACGCCAAAUGUGCUAACUAAACCUUUCACGCACCAAUUUCUAACACCCGGUCAGACUGAACCUACCCAAACGCAUCUGUCAACAUUGGCAGGAAGCACAAUGACAAAGGAUAUGAAAUUCACACUCCAGUCCACCCAGACUAAAUCAAGCGCAUCCGCCGAUACCAAGACUCAGUAUGAAUCGUUCUAUGAUGAAAAGAAUACUCAAAUCCUUGUCCACCGUGCAGAAGGUUAUACAGAAAUGAUUCCAAGUAAGUUUCCAACACUGCUACAACAGACAGAUGAGAUGGAGGCAGCUAGCAAGACAGUGUUUACCCAUGUUUUGCCUCAUUCAGACCGUGACCAACAAACUGUACCUGAAAAGGCGGAACAUAGAGCUAUUUCCCCUACUAUUACACUUGGGAGAAGUGAAGUGACACAGACAGGCUCAGUACAAACAUUAGAAAGUACUACCCUCUCAGCGAAGACUGAAACAUCAUACAUCGGAUCCCAAACUGAUGUCCCAACAAUGAAAAGCCGCGACAAUCAGUAUGAUGUAGUUGGCACAGACAUCGUAUCGCAGACACGCAUUUCAGAAAUGAAGUCAUUUAGUACCAGCACGGAGACUGAUGUUAAUCACUAUGUAUCCCAGACGAAGGAAACAGAUGUACACGACUCUUCAUCAUGGACCGAAGUUACGUCUUACCCUGCUUCUGGUACACAAACGGACGAGUGUCCAUCUGAAAUACUCCAGGAAGUAAUUCAUCUCCAGUCUGUGGAACCGGUGACAUAUGCGCCGGUUGAACUGAUGCCUCCUGUAGCAGUGACAGAUUGUCAGACCCAAACAAUAGAUACAAGUGCAGUUUCACACCAAACAGAUACUCAGAAAACAACUGACCGUGGUGGUGAUGCAUCUUCAGCAGAAGUUUCUAAUGCUGGAAUGAUGGCUACCGCAUAUACGACAAGUGUGCCGGCUCAGGGUAUAAUCGAAAUAGAUAUGGCGGAAAAUCAGACGACCGUGCAAGUGACAGAUACGGCUUCUAGCCCCAUAUUUGAAAGAAAAUCUACAGCAGAAAAAAGUGUCCAGCAGCGAGUGGAUAACUCAAAUUCAAGUGCCCAAACAAAGAAAAAAGAGUAUCAAACAAAACUUACAUCAACUGAAAAGACCAUGAAUGAUUCAUCUAUACAGACUGAAAUACCGAUGGUAACUAUCAUUGAAGAAGCUGUGAAACCGGUUCAACUUACUCUGGAACGUUCUAUGCCGAAUCUUGCAGCUCUUAAGCCAGAGGUAGCUGACUCUUCGUCACAGACAACAGGACUUGAGACUUCUGAUAGACAAGCAGCGACCAGUCCCGUAACGACUUCAGACCGCCAAUCGGCAACGAGUCCUGUAACUAUGUAUGAAACAGGAUUACAGCAAGAAACGCCCAAAACAGAGGAAAGGUACAUAAGCACAUUCCAAACUGCUCUCCUAGAAAGCGUUGAUCAAACAAAAAUUAUUGACAUCGAUCACAGACCUUCUCAGGCUCAGCCUCAAAUGACGAAUAUUCAUACUCAAUCUGGUGUUAAUCUAUCCAGUGCCGUUACCCAGGCAAAACCAAACACAUUCGAGGCAAAAUUACAAGUCAUUCCAUUGAAGGUUGCAACAAAGGAUUCAAGCAUCCAGCAUGACACUGAACUGCCAUCAUUGAAUAACUCUACAUGUCAAACUGACUUCGAGGAUAUUCCAUUUGAAGAGAUUGUAGUGAUUUCACAAGCAAAGGUCGAAAAUGAACCGUUCUUUAUGGUGCAGGAAACAGCUGAUUUCACAUGCCAGACUGCUGAUGAAAUAGAAGAACAUGCAUUCAAUACAGAUCCCAUCCAGCACACAGAUUUCCAUGACCAAACUAUGUCGAAAUUGAUGCCGAGGUCUUCCUCACCGGUUGUUCAAGAUGUAGUUAAUCAGCCAUCCCAGACACCUGCACAACAGAAGACACCUACGAGGGACUCAACUAUCCAGCAUGAUGUGAAAUUGAAGGAAUCAUUGACACAGACUGCAUUGCAAACCAUGAUGAAAGCAUUUUCGCCAAUGUUACCUCGUUCUGCAGUAAAGGAAGCACAAACGCCAGAUGGAGUAAAGGUCGUAGUUGAUACGAAGUUAGUACAGUCUACUCAAAUUGAUCAUGAGCAAUCAAGUCAGUCAGCGAUUCCAACUGCAGAACUGGGAACAUCAACAGUACUACCUAAAAUGGUGAAGAUAGAUACACAAACAAUUAGUGAACCUGUAACACAAUCAUUAGAGGUAUUGACCCAGUACGAGCCCUCAUUUUCCCAUGUGCAUAAUCAGACGGCAUAUGAUGUAAAACAAAGAUCAUCAUCAACCGUUAAAACCCCUGCUGCUGAUGUUUCUUCUCAAAGUGAUUUACUUGGACACGGGAAAGAAUCACAGACAUUCAUGAACUCCAUUGCGAAGGCAAUUUCACCCAUGCUUCCUCGAGCAAUGAGCCAAGCUCUGCAGACUCGUGGCGAACGAAAGCAAGUAAAAGAAGCCUCAUCACAACAUGACACACAAAGAAAAGCCACUGCUAGCCAGUAUAUAUCAUCAAAUCAAGACAACGAAGUCCAGUUCCUUUCUUCAUCAGCCGAUCAAUCAUCAUCUCCACUGAUGACUUCAAAAUUAGAUCACAGUUUGCAAACGCUUCGACAACACAGGGAACAAACUAGCACGCAAAUUGAUCAAGUGAGUCAACACAAGGCCACUCAGUUGGAAUUCAAAUUGAAAGAUGCAGGAACAGAAAGCAGGAUUAAUAUUGCUCAAGGUUCAACUCAACAAGAUUUCCAAAUGGGAGACAUAACUACUCAAUCCGGAGUGGAACAAGAAGAUAUUUCCAAUCAAUACAAAGUGAACUUGGAUGAUUCAGGGAAUCAGACAGCCGGUAAAAAUGCCACUGAAACUUCUACAUUAACACCACAAUCCAUGUCCAUUGGUUCCCAAACAUUGACAGAAGAAAUUGUUGUCACUACUCCUGUGGUACAGGAGUUUGCACCUAUUGUGCCACAGAUUGUGACAUUGGAAUCAGAACCACCUCGAAUGACGACCAGCACCUCUACACAAUACGAAAGAGUGCCCAUUUUACCGAAGGUGUCUUCUCCAAUAAUUACCCGGGCAAAUGACAACGAGUCUCAGACAACAACGAAAGUAAUUCGUGAAUCACAUAUUCAGACCAAGGUCAAAACUAUCCAGAGAGCAUCUUCACCCAUUAUGAUGCAGCAAUAUGAUCAUAUCACUCAAUACCAAUCACAUGUUACCAACACGUCCACAACGUUCCAAGCACAUACCGAGAAAUUAGAUCAAGCUUCACAGCAUGAACUCAAAUUGGAUAAUAGGGCUACUGGAAUAGCCCUUUCCCUGGGAGAUGUUUCUACGGAUUACGAAACGAAAGUGGAAAAGAAGUUCACUGAAUACAAAACCACAUUUGCCGAAUCUCCGUCGCAAACAACUGUGGAAAUUUCUGAUCAAGCCUCUUCUCCUCGUCUCCUCCGUGCAUCUCAUCAGAUUCACCAGACGCCCCCUGCUGUUGCAGUGCGUAUGAAGACUACUGCUUCACAACAUGUCUCUCAUACAGAACAAAAUACAACCCAAUGUAAGGUUUCAAACCUUGAUGGCACAAGCCAAGUUGAACAGAGUAAAGAUGAAAUGUCUGCUCAGUAUGAGGAGAUGACGGAGGACAACGAAGCGCAGUAUGUUUUCCACACGUCUCAUUCUACAACUCAAUACGAAGUUAUUGGUAAGGAUACUGAAACCCAGCACGAGAUGAUGCAAGAAGAUGCUAACACUCAAAGCAGUGCUGAACUUAGCCCAGCUGGACAUCAAACAGUCAAUGAACUAAGCAACCAAGCUUCGUCUCCAAUCCUGUCAAGGGUAAAUAAUCAGUUGCUUCAGACCCCUCUCCAAGCAGGAAAAACGAAACGAACAAUGUAUACUCAGUUUGAUAAGAAAGGUGCUGAGAUAUCUACUCAGUAUGAAAAGGCAAGUCAAGAGAACACCUCUCAGUAUGAAUUCAAACAAACAGACAGUGAUACUACGUUCGAAGUGAAGAUGAAUGAAACUACAACACAGUAUGAACUGAAACAACGAAGUACUGAUACCCAAACACCUGCGUAUCCUGUUCCUGUGGAAGAUGCCAUUCUGCGAGAAAUUGUUGCUCCUGUUCAACAUGCUGCUCCAAACUUGCCACCAGCUAAGUCAGACAGUUGGAGUCAGUAUGAAAGAAAUACGGCUAGUACCACGAUACAAUAUGAUCCUCAGACGCAGGAAAGCUCCAUGCAACAUCAACUUAAUGAGCAGACUGGGUCAUCACAAUAUGACACUCAACAACAGGAAUCUACAACGCAAGCAGUCAUAGAGAAUGAUCUAUUUACCGGUCAGACCAAACUUGAGACACAACAGCAAGCUUCGUCUCCCAUCCUACGUCGUGUUGCCAGUCAGGCGCUUCAGUCACCUAGACCAGAAGGCAUUCAGAAGAACGAUGGAUUCACACAAUAUGAAACCAAACAGGAUGACAUGUCUACACAAUACGAUGUAAAGACAAAAGAUUAUGCGAGUCAACGUGAUUUCAAGCAAGAUGACAAAGUGACACACUAUGAUGAUGUGGGCCAAGAAGGGUCGGCACAGUACGACAUAACUGCAACAUCAGAAUGUACUACGCAGUAUGAAGUUAACAUGCACAGCUCAUACAGUCAAACACCCAACUACCCUAUUCCUGUUGAAGAUGCUAUUCUGCGGGAAAUUGUUUCCCCUGUCCAACAUGCAGCACCAGCUUUACCACCACCAAAUAUAGACGGCUCUAGUCAGUGUGAACGGAUAAUGGACAACACCACGACUGACUACGAUUUAAAGAUGCAAGAAAGUUCGGUGCAGCACAAGCUCGAAGGGGAAGAUGGAGCUACACAAUAUGACAUUCAACAACAUGAAAUUACAACCCAGUCUAUUACAGAGAAUCAAGCGACUGCGAGCCAAUCUGUGUUGGAAACCCAACAACAUGCCUCAUCUCCUAUUCUCCGCCGUGUCAAUAAUCAGGCACUUCAGACGCCUAAAUCCAAGGGUGUCGAGAAGAGCGAUGGAUUGACACAGUACGAGCUUCAAAAGGGUGAUUCUUCCUCACAGGCUGUUCAUGAAGGAAAAGAUGGUUCGACCCAGAGUGUACUCUCAGUUGCUCCUGGUCAAGCGCAAUAUGAAAGGUCAGCCAUUGAUGCAAAUCCUCAAUAUGAAAGGAAAGAUGAGCAGAUGUCAACCCAAUAUGACACUAUGAAAGAAGACAUUGCUACGCAGUACCAAAGGCGCCAAGAGGAUGGAACAUGUCAAUACGAAAAGGAUGUCACUGAUGGAACUUCUCAGUAUGACACGAGAGGAGAGAUUGCUCAGACCCAGCAUACAUUACAGGGCAUUGACAGCGUGUCUCAGUAUGAGAAAAUGGAACAGGACGGUACAACAACCUAUGUCAACAACGUAGAGGAGAGACCAACUCAGCACGAUGUGGAUAGCCAACUGUUUGGAAGUCAAACUGUUUUAGAAACACAGCAGAAAGCUUCUUCCCCAAUCCUUCGUCGUGUAAACACUCAGGAACUUCAGACUCCUUCGACCAUGAAAGUCGAGAAAAAGGAUGCAUUAACAGGAAAUGAACUUAAACAAAAUGAUUCAACCUCGCAGUUUGUGACGAUUGUCGAUUCUGUCCCAACUCAAUACCAGACUUUAUCUUCUGAAGGAACCACACAGUAUGAAAUGAAUCUGCACAGCUCAGACAGUCAAACACCCGACUAUCCGAUUCCUGUUGAAGAAGCUAUUCUGCGGGAAAUUGUUUCCCCUGUCCAACAUGCAGCACCAGCUUUACCACCACCAAAGAUAGACGGCUCGAGUCAGUGUGAACGGAUAAUGGACAACACCGCGACUGACUACGAUUUAAAGGUGCAAGAAAGUUCGGUGCAGCAUAAGCUCGAAGGGGAAGAUGGAGCUACACAGUAUGACAUUCAACAACAUGAAAUUACAACCCAGUCUAUAACAGAGAAUCAAGCGACUGCGAGCCAAUCUGUGUUGGAAACCCAACAACAUGCCUCAUCUCCUAUUCUCCGUCGUGUUAACAAUCAGGCACUUCAGACGCCUAAAUCCAAGGGUGUCGAGAAGAGCGAUGGAUUGACACAGUACGAGCUUCAAAUGGGUGAUUCUUCCUCACAGGCUAUUCAUGAAGGAAAAGAUGGUUCGACUCAGUCAGUACUCUCUGUUGCUCCUGCUCAAGCACAAUACGAAAGUUCAGCCAUUGAUGCAAAUCCUCAAUAUGAAAGGAAAUAUGAGCAGAUGUCAACCCAAUAUGACACUAUGAAAGAAGACAUUGCUACGCAGUACCAAAGGCACCAAGAGGAUGGAACAUGUCAAUACGAAAAGGAUGUCACUGAUGGAACUUCUCAGUUUGACAUGAGAGGAGAGAGUGCUCAGACCCAGCAUACAUUACAGGGUAUUGACAGUGCGUCUCAGUAUGAUAAAACAGAACAAGAUGAUACAACAGAACAUGUCAAGGAUGUACAAGAAAGGCCAACACAGCAUGAGGUACAUAAUCAGUUGUUUGAAAGUCAAACCUUACUCGAAUACCAACUGGCUGUCAGCCAGACGGAACUAGAGUGUCAACAGCAAGCGUCCUCUCCUAUCCUUCGUCGUGUGACCAACCAGGCUCUUCAAACUCCUAAAUCAAAGGAAGUCCUGCAGAAUGAUAUUUUGACAGAAUAUGAUCUCAAGAAUGAUGACGUAUCUACCCAGCUUGACAUCAAAAGAGGAGAUUCUACUACACAAUAUAUACAUGCACCUGAAAAUGCCGAGACACACUGCGGCAUUAUCGGACAAGAGACUUCGACACAAUAUGAGAAAAAAGAUGAAGAUAUUUCGACACAGCAUGGGUUAGGUGGACAGAAUAUCACAACUCAAACUAGAGUUUUAAUUCAAGAUACAGCAACUCAGCAAGAACGAAUUUCAAAGGAUAAACUCACGCAACAUAGAGCAGAUGUGAAAAGCUCACUAACUCAAAAUGAAGUCAAGAUAUCGGAAACAGCGGCGUCUCCUCUCUUUCGACCGAAAUCGGGCCAGAUUGUGCAGACACCAAAGGGUCUUAUAGAUGGGAGCAGUCAGUAUGAGGGGAGUACACAUGAUAGUGCUAGUCAAUAUGAGGGAUCAAGGGAAGGUGCUAUGACUCAAUCUGAUAUCACCGGCGUAGUAGGUGAAACACAAUAUCAAAGAAGUGUAAAUAAUGCUGAAACACAGCAGACACCAAAGUCUACAGAAGUUGAAAAGAUAAAUGAGUUAACGCAACACGAGAUUGAGCAAGGAGAUUCAUCCUUGCAGUUUAUCCCAGAGCAAACAGAUGGUUCAACCCAGUUCGUGUUCGCCGCUUCAACUGUCCCAACCCAAUAUGAGAGUUCAACCAACGAUGCAACGUCUCAGUAUGGAAGACAGGGUCAACAUAUAUCAACACAGAACGACCAAACAAAGACAGAUACCGUGACUCAGUAUGAGACCCGUUUAGAAGAUGGAACCAGCCAGCAUGACGUUGUUGUUACUGAUGGAAAUUGUCAGUAUAUCGGAAUAGGUAUCGACAGUACUUCUCAAUACCAGAGAGCUGUGCAGGAUGUUCCUACCGAAUAUGUGAAGGACCAACAAGGGAGAUAUACUCAACAUGAAUCUGAGAGUAAGUUAUUUGCAAGUCAAACAGUCAACGAGACACAGCAUAAGGCUGCAUCUCCAAUCCUUCGUCGAGUAACCAGUCAGGAUAUACAGACCAAAAAUCAAAUGGCAACACAAGAAAGUGCGACUCAGGAUGAACCCAAACAGAUGGAUAGCAACACAGGAUACCAAUCAAAGACUGGUGACAGACCAUCCCAGUCUGAAGUGAUUAUGCAUAGUACUGAUACUCAAACGCCCGACUAUCCUAUUCCUGUUGAAGACGCUAUUCUUCGAGAAAUUGUUUCUCCCGUCCAGUAUGCAGCACCUCAAUUACCACCACCUAAGAUGGAUGGUUCAACUCAGUACGAAAAUAAGAUGGAAAGUGCAAUGAACCAGUAUGUUUCCAAAGGGCUUGAAACUACAACCCAACUCGUAAUAAAUGCGCAAGAUGAAGGUACAGACUAUCAAGUUCAACAGCAGUCUAUAACAACACAGUCCUUGGUUGAAAUUCAACCUUUCUCUAGUCAGAUCGAACUGGCAACACAGCAGCAAGCAUUAUCCCCUAUCCUUCGUCGUGUAGCUAGUCAGGCACUACAGACCCUUCAACCCGAUGAAAUUCAGACAAGCGAUGAGUUUACACAACACAAGCUAGAACAUGAUGAAGUAUCCACUCAAAUUAGAGUAAAGGCAAAAGACUCAUCCAGUGAAUAUGUUCUGAAUCAAACCCAUAAGCGAACGGAUUAUGAUGGUGUGGGCCAAGAAAAUUCAACACAACAUGAAAUAGGGUUAACAAAUAUAGAAACUCAACAUGCAUCGAUAAUUCAAGAAUCUACUACUCAGCAUGAAUCAUCCUUGAAAGACACAACCACCCAACAGGAAACUGAUGCAAAAGACAUUCCAACACAGGUAGUCAUAAAUACUCAACUCUUUGCCAGCCAAGCUAAAAUUGAGACUAAGCAGCAAGCUUCCUCCCCCAUUCUUGGUCGUGUCACAAGUCAGGCACUUCAGACUCCCGAAGCCAAGCAAGCCUUGAAAAGCGAUGAGGUGACUCAGUACGAACUAAAACAAGGGGAUACAACUUCUCAGUCUGAGGAGAAGAAGAUGGAGAAGUCAAGUCAGUAUGCCAAUACAUCUUCUCAUGUCCCAACACAGCAAAGUGUUAUAAAUGAAGAUGGCACGACGCAGUACGAUCUCAAGUUGGGAGAAAAACCUACUCAAUAUGAAAAUAUUCUUAGGGACCUUCCAAUCCAGACCUCAACUGCAGGGGCGGAUCAAAUAUCAUCCCCAAUACUACCGAGAAUCGCUGUGCAGACGUCCCAGACGCCUACACUAGCAACUACGCUGUCAUCAUCGCAGCAUCAUAUAGAAACACGAGACAACUCAGCACAACACGUCUCCAAGAUGACAGAAGGUAAUACCCAAGUUCCGACCGUUCCGCAGAGAGACAGCGUUGCUCAAACCCAAUCAGAGAAACCCCUCAAGAUGACUGAUAAUGGUACCCAAUAUGAACCAAGACAAUCUGACAUAUCCUGUCAGUCUGAGAGAAUGAUCGCCAGGGAAGGCAUGUCUCAGCAUAUUCCCCACCAAAAGGAAGGGUCAACGCAGUAUGAAUCUAUAAGACGAAACCUGGAUUCCCAAACUGUCCCGAAAACAUCAAAUGCCUAUACACUUGCAGCUACAGUACAACCGGUAUUGUUGACCCAAAUUACACAAACUCCUUCCGAGCCUGCGAAAAAAAUGACUGGAUUUUCCACACAGACAGAUAAAUCCAAGGCAGCAGCAAGGUACAAUGUGGCAUCAUUUACGGAAAGAAAGUUACAAGAUGACGUCACACAAAUCUGUCAUGACAGUGUGAGCGAAACUGACAGUUCAACACAAUCUCAUCAGACUCUUCAUGAAAAUGCGACACAAUCUGAAUUCGUGAAUAUGCAACAAGCAUCAUCUCCGAUUCUCCCACGUUUAACUACCAAAACAACUCAGGUCUCCGAAGUACCCACAAGUGAUGUUACAUCUGGUGUCCAAAAUGAUGUGCAAAAUGCGGGCACUGUAUAUGAUACCAAACACCAAGAUGGUGCAACACAACAUGUCCUUAUCAAAGAAGACAAUGUUACUCAGUAUGAAAUGUCUAUGAAAGAUGCUAAUUCCCAGUUGGUGGUUGUAUCUGAUAACAAGUCAUCAUCACCUACACUGAGACGAGCUGCCAUGUCUAGUCAAACACAAGGUGAGAAGGUUACUGUCAUAACAGAAUCAUCACAAUAUUUCCAUGAUCUGGAAACGUCGAAUACUCAGGUUGACGUUCAAGGAAAAGAAGGCACCAGUCAAUAUGACCUUAAACAAGAACAGAGUAUAACACAAUACACAGAAGAUCUACGUGAUGUACAUUCCCAAUCGACAGUUGAAGUGGGGGAUAUAACAACUUCAACCUCAGAUACCAGCAUUGCCCAUCAAAGUAUGCAGACUUCGAAACGGUCCAUGAUCGAAAGCAUGUCUCAAUAUGAAUCAGAAUUGCAAACUUCAGUUUCCCAAUCUGAGGUGGAAGGUCAAGAAAUGUCGUGCCAGUAUGAGCAAAUACAUGAUGACACUUCAUCACAAUACAGCCCUGAUUCCACGGAUAUUACGACACAGCAUGAAGAAAAUCAAGAAGAUGCCAUAUCCCAAAGUGUCAUUGACACUGACGAUAAGGCAUCAUCACCAAAACUUCAGCGACAUGCAAAUCAGCAGUUGCAUAUAUUCCCUACUGGUAGUGAUAGCGAAACCCAAUCUCAGGUGAGAUCAGAAGGAAUCAUUACACAGUAUGAGAAGGAUGAACAAGACAGAGGAAGUCAGCAAGAAGCUCGCCAAAUGGAAAAUGCUUCCCAGUGUGUUUCAAUCAUCCAAUCUGACACGACAAUGCAAACUGUCCAAGAGGAACUCGUGGUCAAAGGUCAAAAGGGAAUACAGCACGAACCUGAGACUCUUGAUAAUUCUUCACAACAUAUUUCUAUUCAGAAAGAUGCCUCUUUGCAAGAGAAUAUUCAAUCAGAAAACACAACAACUUCAACUUCACUGCAACAGGUAACUGGUGUCAGCACCCAAAAGGAGAGCUUCUUCUUAGAAUCGACAACUCAGUGUUUGAUAAGUCAGGAGGAUCAUGCUUCACUCACCACAAUGAGAACGACAACGGAUCAAGUACUUCAGACCGUUGAAGAAGAAAAACAACUGAAAUCAAGUACUUCAGCGCAGUAUGAAUGCUCAAAUGAAGACGAUUUUACUCAAUAUGAGGCAAGUGUAGUCGAAAAGACAACCCAUCUUGCACAAGAACUUAAAGACACUAUGACUCAGUAUAUGAUGAUGUAUGGUGACAGUCAAUCUCAGACAGCAAUCUCAAGCUAUGAUCAGGAAGUAUCACCAGUACUUUCAUUGACAGGUCAAAGUGCAGCCCAAACGAUGGAAGAAAAUAAGAUUCCGACAUCUGAAGUCAUGACACAGCACGAAGUAAAGUUGUUGCAUCUUAUGAUUCAAACUCUAGAAGAUAAACUCUCAACCAUUGAUAGUAACACCCAGUAUGAACGACGAUCAAAUGAGAAGAUUAUACAACAUGAACUUAAUAAUUUGGAUUCUUCGACACAAUUAAGUGUCAAACAGCUUGAUUCGGAUGCACAAACAAAGUUGAGCUUAGAACACGAAGCAACGUCUCCAAUUUUGUCACGGCACCAGAGUCAACUGUCCCAAACGCCUGUGUUUGAAACUUCGGCAACAGAUGUUGUGUCUCAAACUGAAGUAAAACAACAAGACACAACUACACAUAUGGACGCUUCUCAAGGAGAAGGAUGGACCCAGUAUGAAAUGAAACACACAGAUUCUGUGAGCCAGACGUUCAACAAGAACCUCGAACAGGGCAUUUCUCCAAUCUUCUCACCUGCAAGGAGCAAUGCAUCUCAAACACCACAGGAAAAAUCAAUAAUUAAGAUGAACAUAACAACUCAAUUUGAAAUGGAAAUGGGUGAGUCGCACACCCAAACAAAACAAAAGGUAGCUCAACAGACUUCUCAAAUCUUCUAUGAGAAAUCUGAUAAAGAUUCACAGACAUCCAAGACUGACCCUAAGAUCGACAGGAUGGAUCAAGCAGGAGGAAAGUUUACAGACAUUCAGAUGCAAGCUGCAGUAAAUACUUCACCAAAGGCGUCGUCACCGGUUCUACAUCGAGCCAUUAGUAAGGACGCACAAACUCCAGUUAAGGAUGUGAUUCCUAAGUCUUCUCAGAUAAUUAGGUCUUCCCGUGAUUCAGCUAAUCAUGCUACUUCAGGUCCAAAGACUGUUGAACGAGGAACGGAGGUACUUCAAGUUCAGCUAAGAACCGGUUCAACACAGGCCAAUCAACGAAAACCUGAAACAACAGACAGUUCAGUUCAGCCUAAAAGAGCUGAAGUGACACACCAGAUGUUGGAAGUCACACCAGUUAUUAUGAGUCACUCAACACCAUCUCCUUUAACACAAUACUCAACAAAACCAACCCAAGCUGACAUCAAAGUUAUUUCCAAAAGCACGACAGCACUGACGUCUCUCUCGUUGAAAACUUCAGCAACAGCUACAGCAAAAACUGCCAUGAAGAGUGCAAUUUCUCAAACUGAGGUUGCUAAAGUGUCAAAGGAAAUAGUCACCCAAAAAAUGAAAUUGGUAGAGCGAUCUUCCCUCACGAUACCUGACACCAAAUCACCUGUAUUUGAAGCAUCUACACAACAUAAAGUCGAUGUCCAAAUGGUCGAUGGUGCCUCAGGAACAAGCCCAGCUACUCAUGAGGGAAGUACUUUUACGUUUCCAAUUUCUGCGUCGGAAAAGGCCUGUCAGACAGACAUUCAGAUAGAGGAAGAUGAGGUAAUUGAAAUUCUUUCUCAUUCAGAAGAGCUUGCACCCAUCACGAUUCGAGGAGCCAAUCAUGUGGACAUGUCAACUGAAACCGAACUUUACAAUAGUGAAAGAGCAUCAUCUCCGUUUUCGGACGAUCUUGACGACGUACCAACACAGACAAGUACAGAAAUGCAUUCGAUUGCAGUACAGUUUGACGAGCCAGACUUUGGUCCUAUGUAUGUGAAUACAGUUAGUUAUGUGCAAGAUGGCAGAGAAAGGCACACAGAAACACUGAUCGAACAGACUGCAGCAACUCCUGCACUAUUGGAACCUCUUCGUCUUGAUUCCCAGCAGCAAACCAUUCCCAACACUGAUGAUGGAUUCACAGAAACGGUACAAACGGGCGUGGACUUUGGUGAGCAGUCUCAACCCCUGAGCAUCGACCAGGCCACAUUAACACAUUCAGGACAAAUGGUGUCAAGUGAGGUACAGGUCAGAAUGGAACACCCCUCAACAUUAACAAGAGACUCGGGAUCACAGCAUGCAUCAAGAGCUGUGGAUAGUUUUGUGCAGGCUGAUGCAAUGAUGGUUGAUGAGGGAAUUUCUACCCUAACGGUUCUUAAAUCGACAUCAACCGCUCAGUGUAGCCCUCCUGGAUCCUCACAUACUUCACCAAAACUACAGCGAAAGGUCAUGGUUAAUGCAGAAACCAGUACGUUUGUUCAGUACCGUCAGACUACUGACACGCAGACAUCUAAACCAGUUCGAUCAACUUUAUCAACUCAAUUCCGCCCCAACAUGAAAAGUCAGGAAUCGCUAGCCAAUAUUCUACCAGAGAAUGCCGACGUAGGCACUGUAAUCAGACCACUGUCAUCAGACGCAGAUUCUUUGGCAAAAGUGGAACAAAGUUCAAACUCAGCACAAUGUGUUACAACUAAUGCAGAUACAGAGAGUCAGUAUGAACAACAAGACGCUGCUGAUAUGUCGGUCCAAGUUAUGCCAACUUGUGCAGAUCUAGGGAAUUCACCCAUCUUCAAACGGAGAGAGGUCCUUGUUUCUUCAACACAGACAGACCCGUUAUUUGCAGAUUUUAGCGAUGAAUUCGAAGAUGGAGAAUUCUUGGAUACACAAUCUGAUCGUGUCUCUUUAGAGGAAUUCACCUGGGACACAUUUGUUGACAAUUUGCAAGAGACUUUGGACGGACCAGUUGUUUCCUCAUAUGAAGCUCCUAUCCAACAGAUUAAUGUCAUUCAGGAAUUUGCUGAAAUUCCUAGAACAUGGGGAGUCGAUGCUUCUGCACAAAUUCAUCCAACCCUACUUGAGAGAGGAACUGGAACCACAGGCUCAUGGAGACAUGACCGAGGAAGUCAAAUUCACCAGGUCCUUGCCAACCAUUCAACUCAGAGCGAUCUUACGACAAGGGUGUUUAUUCAUUCAUCUACCCAGCAUGUUGAAGAUAUAAAGAUGACAACUGACAUGGCAAGCUCUCCCGUGUUUAAACGGAAAACGGAGAAUGUUGUUUCACAAGUUGCUCCUGAUAUCUCCGAAGGUAGCACAUCUGUCUUUGCAGUACCGAUUGCUGAUAGUAAAUUCCAGACUGAACAGGAAUUAUUUGAUCAGUCAUCUCAAUAUGUCAACAUAUAUACUGAUCGUCCAUCCUCACCUCUUGACGUUUCUUCUCAUAAUGCCUCUCAAUAUCAAGGCAUUCAAACUUGUGAUACUGCCUCUUCACCAAUAGUGGUCAGGAAAGUGAGUGCAAAUGAUUUCCAAACACAAGUGACAGUACCAACCUCUGAAACCAUCUCCCAAUCCCAUUCAGCUCUCUUAUCAGAUAAAGUCAGCUCACCCGUAUCUUUCAGAAAGUCAACCCUAGACCAUAGCACCACAGUGGACAGAACCGCAGUAGACGUUGGGUCUCAGUAUUCGCAAGGUAUUAGAACGGAAAAGGUUAGCUCCCCUGUAUUCACAAGGAAAGCUGCAGUAGAUGAAAGUACAACCAUGAAACUGACAGAAUCGAAGGACGGUUCCGCUCAGGUAUCUCCUGUAACCACAUAUGGAACAUCACAGCCUAUGCCAAAGAUAUUUGCGGACACUCAUACUUCUCCAAUAUUGCAAAGGAAAAUUUCCGUUGUAGAAGAAGGUACAAUUCCGUUACCACCACAGCAUGUAAAAGACUUUACUACACAGGCCGCACCAGUGCGUGAAAAUAUUCCGACUCAGUCUUCUCUCAAGGGAACAGAUGUAAUCGCACAGGUGACGCCUGAAACUUUGGAUGGGGGAACGGCUAUGACAGAAGUGUCGGUAUCUGACGGAUCUGUUCAGAUUGAACAUGACGUCCGGGACCAUUCAUCUCAACAUUUAAUAGCCUCGGAGGAUGUAUCGAUCACGACAAUACCAUCUAUGGGCUCAAAUGUAGAAUCCCAAGUUGAAAGAGAUUUCGUAGAUGAAAGCACGUUCAUGAUUCAAUUAGAAGCAAAAGAUUAUAUGUCGCAAAUUGCUCCUACUGUUACUGAUGAAUCAUCUCAACACGUAAAGUCUCCCAAUACUAACAAGCUCAGUUCACCGAUUCUUACAAGGAAGGAAGUGUCUGAUGAAUGCACAUCAAUGAAACAGGUAGAAGACAAAGACAUUUCUAUUCAGAUGGCUCCAAGUUCAAGCGAUAGAAUAAGCUCUCCUAUUCUACAACGCAAGGAUGUCAUCGAUGAAUGGACAACGAUCGCUUCAGCCGAGUCAAAAGAUGUCGUAAUGGAAGCAUUCCCAGUAACGUCAGAUUCUGUUUCGCAAUCUCCAAAGAGUUCUUUCACGGAUCAAAUGAGUUCCCCUGUGUUAAUUAGGAAACAGGUAAUGGAUGAGAGUACAUUGGUCUCAUCGCAGCCACUAGAUGCCAAGGACUUCACAACACAAGCAACCCCAACCAUCAUUGAAAAGAUUAAUUCACCUGUGCUUGUCCGAAGACAGCUAAUUGAUGGAAGCACUAUGGUAGAUCUUCUCGAAUCAAAAGAUUUUAACACCGAUUCCAUUCCUAUAACAACUCACACAUCUUCUCAAUCUGACCACGUUGCGAUGUUUGACAUGCCCAGUUCACCGCUAAUGCUAAAGAAAACUGAUGAGGGUACAAUGAUGGUAGAACUCAAACCACACGAUUUCACAACUCAAGUCACACCCACUACAUCAGAUCGUGUUUCUCAAUCAGGCACAAGGUCUACAUUCGAUAAACCAAGUUCUCCGACAGUCAUCAGAAAGCAAAUUGCAGAUGAAAGUACAGUGAUUUUACCACGUCCUACAGAUGCUAAGGACUUCACAACACAAGCAACCCCAACCAUCAUCGAAAAGAUUAAUUCACCUGUGCUUGUCCGAAGACAAGUUAAUGAUGGAAGUACUAUGGUGGCCCUUCUCGAAUCAAAAGACUUUAAUGCUGAGUCCAUUCCUAUAACUACUCACACAUCUUCUCAAUCUGACCAGGCUGCGAUGUCUGACAUGCCUAGUUCACCGCUACUGCUGAGGAAAACUGACGAGAGUACAAUGAUGGUAGAACUUAAACCUCAGGAUUUUACGACCCAAGUUACCCCUACUGUAUCAGAUGGUGUUUCUCAAUCAGGAAUAAGAACUUCAUUCGAUAAACCAAGUUCUCCUACAGUAAUCAGAAAGCAGAUUGCAGACGAGAGUACAAUGGUAUCACCACCUCCUACAGAUGCCAAGGACUUUUCAACACAGGCUACACCAACUUCAUCAGGAAAACUUAGUUCUCCAGUUACCCAACGAAAGACCGUGGUCGAUGAAGUAACGAUCACGAUGGCGUCUAAUGCUAAAGACUCUGAUACACAAGUAAUGCCAACCACCACGGAAAAGCUUACUUCCCCUGUGCUGAUCAGGAAGAAUGUGACAGAAGAGGGUACGACAAUGCCAUCUUCAGAUUCAAAAGACUUCAUCACGCAGGCAACACCUAUUACAACAGAUGGAGCUUCACAGUCCCUCAAGGAGAGUACGUCUGACAGACUAACGUCUCCGGUUCUGAUUCGUAAGGUCAUGGCCGACGAGAGCACACUCAUUCUUCCUAUACCUACAGACUCAAAAGAUUUCAACACACAGGUUACACCUACAUCCAUCGAGAUGGAAUCCCAAUCAACAGAGAAGGCUGUGUCAGAAAAAUUGAAUUCACCUGUCUUAGUGAGGAAAGUAGCUAUCAACGAAAGCACUACGAUAGAACCGCCUGCUGAUGCAAAGGAUUUCAGUACUCAGAUUUCAGCUACAACAGCUGAAUAUGGAUCACAAUACAGUAAUGUAGCAUUCUCUGACAAACAAAAUUCUCCAGUUAUGGAAAGAAGGGUAACGGUUGAUGAAGGAACUACAAAUAUAGUUCUUCAUGCGAGAGACUUUACAACUCAAGCUGCCCCAGCAGGAGUUCAUGAAUCUUCGCAAGCCAAAUGGAAGUCGAGUGAUGAAACAACGGUUACUAUGUCCUCAGAACGUAAAGAUUUCACCACACAAUCUAAACCUUCGACUUUGGAUACUUCGACACUUCCAGAAAAACUUCCUUCUCAUGAUGCAUCAAGUUCUCCAAUAAUCGUUAGAAAGGUUCAAGACUCGGAAUCGCAAAUUCAGUUAUCAACAAUUGAUGAAAGUACAGAAAACCUCAAAACUGAACUCGAUAGGGCAAUGCAGGUUCAUCCUGAAAAUAGAAAUCAGUCAUCACAAUAUUUGAACAUGAAAUUGCCUAUUGACAUGAGUGUCCAACAGACAACAGAAAUGCAUGACUCAACGUCAUCUCCGAGAAAGAUUGAUUUCACUGACAGAGGUGCUGAAGUACAUCCAGUCACCAUUGGUUUUUCAAAUCAGCAUGCUGGAAAGCAAGAAAGGUAUGAGAAAUGUAACCAAGCAGAGGGCGAAGUUCUGGAGCAGGAAGUUCAUGUAGAUGAUAUCGUGCAUCCAACAAUUGUACAACGCGUGGAUGCAGCUCCUAUGAUUGUACAACCGACCAUUAGCUAUGCUGAACGAAUGAGGCUACGAGAAGAGAUUCGAAAAGAGGCUAAGGAUGAAUUGAGACGGGAAAUCAAGGAGGAACUGAUAGAAGAAAUUCGUGAAGAGAUAAUAAAUGAAGUGCGAGAUGAUAUCAGAACCGAAUUCAUUAUUUCCAUGCACGAACCUCAACAGGGACCACUCAUGAUUACUAAAUCAACGAUUCCAGUUGAAACUAGACAAUUCAAUGAGACUGUCGAAGCCAAACCUUACAUGUUGCAUGAAAAGCAACAGGUCGAUGUCAAACAGAGGAAUUUUGGAAACCAGCACAAAGCUCCUGAGAACGAGGAUGUAUCGUCCGUCGAAAAGAGUCUUGUAUCUGAGAAACAACCUCCAAGCGAGGAGCUUGUGAGGACAAUUAGACAUGAAUUGCGGGAAGAAGUAAUCGAUGAAUUGACAGAAGAGCUGACUACUAGUAUAAGAGACCAACUCAGCCUCGAAUUAAAAGAGGAGUUUAAGGAAGAGAUGAGGGAGACAGUCAUGGAAGAGAUGAGGGAGGAGAUAUUUGACGACUAUCGAGAGGAAUUACUGGUUGAGUUUGCCCCUCGAAUUAAACAUGAUAUUGAGGAAGAAGUGCGGGAAGAUUUGGAGGUGACAAUCAGAAGAGAACUUGAACCUCGAAUCCGUGAAGAAAUAAAAGAGGAAUACAUCCAGGAACGGGUCAAGGAACUGUUGGUAGAAAAUCUGAGUUUACAAGAACCGAAAGAGCCAGACAUCAAGACCAAGCCGCCUUCUUUUGAUCGAGGUACCUUACCGCCUUUCAGUAAGGCUACUGACAAUUCAACGGAAAUGCUCAUUGAUACCAAAGAUGCUGCUGUGCAGAUGGAGGAAAUGAGGCCAGUGAAGAUUGAUGAGGUCUGCCAGACUCAUAUCCGAAACAGUAGCAGAGGUACAUCAACCACCAGAUCGGAUACAAAAGAAACAAAGACUCAAGUUCAUCCAACAACAGCGGACCGUGGAACCACACCGGCUAAACAGAACAACAUACAUUCGGCUUCUCAGACAGACAUAACACAUGUAAAGCAUCAAGGCGGACAGAGCAUUCUAUCACCAGAACUUGUACACCAAUCACUCCAGGUGAUAAUGCGACCUCUGCAAACCCAUCAGACUGUGCAGGCAAAGUAUGAUGUCACUUCAAAGCAAACAUCAAUGACUGCAAGGCAAUACAACCCCGCAAGCUCACAAACUCAUUUGCCUAGAGAGUCACGCGUUACUCAAUCUACAGUCCCUCAAAAGGUGUUUGCAGUGCAGCCACUGGAACAAAGACCCAACAUAAACACUGGCAUGCAAUUUUCGCCCGCCACAAGCGAUCGGGAUACUAUGUAUACACCUAAGAAGUUCUCAAGCACUCCAUCACAGUCUUUUACUAAGCCUACCAGAAACAUUUCAAUAGAACCCGACCGAAGUAUGGGCAACAUUGACAGAUCUGUACAACCACAGAAACGAUUGGAUGGUAUUGAUCACAUCGUACAGAUAGAGCCAGUAACCAGAGAAGGAGCAGGCUCUCCACUUUCCUUGCCAGACGAUAAAAUUUCUUCACAUGACCGGUCCCUUUCACCAGUGAUUUUCUACAGUCAACAGGCAGAAUAUGAAUCUACACCACCUGGCUUGGAAUCUCUGUCACCUCGACCGGUCGAGAAAAUGGUUACACCUCUCACAUCGCAACUGAAACAGCCCAAGAAGUUGACGAUAGAGCUGCCGUCAACAGAGAAAACACCACUACGAUUGACCUCAGUCACACCACCAGAUGCACAGAGACCAUUACAAUCUGGAUUCAGGCUUCAUGACCAGACCCAAGACUCAUCAACUCGCCUGUUUGAUACUGAAGUGAGCAGGCGGGUCCAAAAUAUCAACAACCUUGAGCCAUCCCGUGAAGUAACAUAUGAGCAGCCCGUUGCUCAGUACAGGCCUCGCAGAACCUUCCACACUCAUACGGAUAUACAAGAAUCUCAUUCAAAUAUCAGCCAGGUUAUCGUGGGUAACAUGCCACCGAAUUGUCGAAUGGUUAUCGUUCAGCAAACAACUGCAGGGACAACAUACACAACCGCGUUAAUGACCGAAUCGUUAUCGCGUACAUCAAUGACAACAAGCAGCAGUGUUCUCACUCAAAUGAGUUAUCAACCAAUCACCUUCCUGAAACCUGAUGACACAGAUUCACUUGACCUCUCAGAGACCGAUUCCCUCGAAGAUAAAAGUGAACCAUCACCAAUUGAUGAAUUGGAAAAAAUAAGACGAGAUCUCAGGUUGUCUAAAGUGAUGACAUCAGGAGAUCAAAAUACUCUUGUCAGCUACCUUGUAGAAAACAAAACCCCGAGACAACGUUCUCUUGCAAUAGGCCCCCCUACAUCACGACCUAAGUCAUCGAGGGAGCUUCUCUACGGUAAACAAGAGUUCCCGAAAUGGGAGCAAGGCCCAAGUGGUAGACAACACGAUGAAAAGGGCUCACCUAUUCCUCCAUCAUUGGGAAUUUCUGGAGAAAGUCCGACGCAACUAACAUCUACUUCUUCAGGAAUGAAGCCAACUCAUAUCAUGUAUCGAAGGCCGCGGCCUUCAUCUGAAUCAACUCCAAUGGUGACUCGCCUGGAAGAACUUCUUCGUAAAUCAACGCCAACCAACUAUGAGGAUUAUGGUUGGCUGAUGGAUAAAGAACCAGACAGACCUAAGAAAGACGAAUACGACCUGCCAUCGGUAGAUAAAAUAAGGACUCGGUUUGCCAAACCUAAAGAUGGACCUCCGGGACGUCCAGCAGAUGACUCACCAAGUGACGUUGAAUCUGAAGUCAAUACUACGGAUUCGGAAACAGAUUCGGAAUCAUGGCAGGCAGUUAUGGACUUCAAGAGUCCCUAUCUUCAUGAAGAUCCCAAAUAUUGGCCAUACACAAGCCCCCACAAGGCACCAGGUGUACCGAGCUCUGAAUCUGAAACUUAUGACUCAGACGAUGACACACAGACUGUGUGUGGAGAAUUGGACCUGACAACAAUGAGGGUCGACGAAUCGUCAUCUUCUGACGAAGAUGCUGACCCACAGGCUGCAGAGGCACCGAGACGUAGAAAACAAUCUUCUAAGCUGAAGACGAGCCUUAUCAGGAAAGAACUUGCCCUGUCUGGUGUGGUUCCACGCAGGACUCCCACAACUUUAACAAGCUACCAAUCUAUGCCCGAAGGUGAAUAUCCAAUGGCUGGACGACGAACCAAAUCCAUGUCUGAUCUGAGCAAACCGGCCGGCUCGGUCAGCGGAAGUGGAAUGUCCACAGCCGAAUUAGUCCCUUCGGAGUCUCGAUACGCUCGAGUAGUGCAGAGGGUUCGCGAUACCAGGCCAUCUUGGGGGCGCUACUCAAGACUUUCCACCUCUUCCACUGACAUUUCUUCAAGGAAAUCUCUUCACGACUUCGGGAAAUUCUAGGUGGAGGAUACCAAUAAGAAGCAAGGUCUUCAAGGCUCCGAGAUUCUCCAAAAGAAUAAUUUGAGUAGAAUGAUGCCUCCCACGAUAGUUACCUUACAUGGCGAUAGUAUAAUCAUACCUUUAAUUAAAAUAUUAUUCGCAAUUUCUAUAGAAUUUUUGUCUUUAGAAUCUGAAAAAUUGAGAAAAAAAUAAUACAGUACAUAUUUUAUACUAUGCGUAAAGUCAUCAGGAAUUGCCUUUUUGUAUAGACAAACGAAACCAUAACCUGAUGUAUUUUAUCUAAAUGCGUUCAAAUUGGAUUUUUGGAAAUGAUAUGACAUGUUUACAUCUGAAUUAUUCAUUAAAAAUAUUAUUUGCUAAGUUAUACUGAACAUUUUUUAUGAAUACUUAUACGGAGACAAUAUAGUAUGUAGUACUGUUUAUGUAUAAUUUUUAGUUCGUGAUAUUUCAUAAAUUGUCUUGAUUUCGAUGAGAGUGAAAAUUAGUAUUGUGUCAACAGUACUUGCAUGUAAAAUAUAUGUAUUUCCCGGAAAUUAAUUAAAAAUAAUGUAAGUAACGAGCCAUUGAAAUUUGGCUACUAUAGCAAGAAAUUUAUGAGCUUGAAAUUUGUGUGAAUUGAAUUCCGAGACACGAUUGUGUGUAUAUACAUGUAAAUGCAAUUACUUGAUAUACUCAUUAAUAUCUAUUACAUCUCAACUUAGCAGCAAAGUAUUAUAUAUAUCUUUCUUUCAGAAGUUAAUCAUAUUUUAUUAUGACACUAGAGGCAAUGAUGAAUUGAUUGCUAUGAUAAUAUUAUGAUAAAGUCUCGUCUUGAAUAAAAUGCAUUUCUUUAUACUAUGUUUGUAAAUAAGUGUGUAAAUAGCAGUGGGAAGUACUUGUAUAACGAUGUUUCAUGCUUAAGUUCGUGUGUAUGCCUGUCAUAGCCUUAAUAUAUAGCAAUAUAUGUUGAAUUCAAUUCAAAAUAUUGAUACAAAUUAUACCUAUUAUUAUUCAAUUACUUUAAGACAUGCGAAUGUCUUAAAUGCACCAAACCAACAAAAAGUACAAUAAAGUGAAUUGUAAAUGAUUGAAUUUUGAUUACGAGAGAUUUAUCUAGAAUUUUCCUAAUAAUGUUUCAUGCCAUUUUAAGUCUUUCAAAUUUUUAUGUAAUCGCGCUUUGCUUAGUAACAUAAAUCAUGAGCAUAUAAUGUCAUUCUUGUUUUAAAAGAUAUGAAUGUAACAAUUACUAUUUAUGUUGUAUACAAACUUUUGAGUAUUUAUUUCAAUGUUUGAAUUAUGGAGUGUGCUUAUGUUAUACCAUUGUUUAAUAUGUAACAAAAAGAGUGGAAAUAUGGAAUUUAAACUGGAUAAUAUGUCUAACAUUGUCCAGUAUAAUGUAUAUGUAUCUAAUAUGUAUUCGAACUUUACUUUUUGUAUUUUUUCAUAUCAACUUUUGCAAUGACUUGAUCCAUAGACAUUAGUACAAUUCCUUAAAUAAGUGACUUGAUAAUGAUAGAUGUACUUAAAUUAAGCAUGGAAAUGAAGUUCCAAAAUAGAUUCUAGUUGCAUAUAUUCGUAAAAGUUAUAUUCGAUAAAUUUUCUUCUUUACAAGAUGAAUGAAGAUAUGAAAAUAUAUAGCAGUAUGACAUUGAAACUGGCCAAUAUGCCUUAUACGGUUAUCGUAUUGUAUAAUGUAUAUUUAUAUGUGAUAUAUAUAUAUAUAUAUGUAUGUUUUUUUUUUUGGGGGGGGGGGAUCAGUACACAUUGACACAUUGAAACAAAUCCACAAAUAACUUACUUGUGUCAUGAAAUCACUGGAAUUUACGCCUGAAAAUGAUCCAUUAUCGGAUAUGAAAUAUUAAAUGCAUAUAUCAUUACUAAAUAAUAUGCAUUGUUUUAUUUUCCAUUAUAAGUUGACAUUUGUAGAUAUUACAUGCAUAUUAUGGAUAAUCAUUGAGUAUAUUAAUACUGAUGACUGGUUGUAUAAAACUUUCCGUUUAUUUGUUAUACUUUGAAGUAAAUUGUUAUUGCAUAUUAUGUAAAUUGAUAUGUCAUCUUAGCAAAUACAAUACGUUAAGGUAUAUCUUAAGAAUGUUGAUAUAUCAUAUUUCACAAAACUAAUGUAGGCCUACGACUCAGUUUCCUCACAGAAAACGCAGUUGAGCCGUGGCUUUGUUUAUAUGUUUGUGAAAAAUAUCAGUUUUAAUAUUCUUUUAUUUAUGCAAAACCCAAUGUACCUAUAAGAAACUUUCACUGAGAUAUAUUACUAUGAUGGAAUGGGAUUUUUAUUAUGUAAAGAAAAUAUGUCAUGAACCAUAUGUGAAUAUUUAUGUAUAAAGUCUAUUGCAUAGUGCUUACACAUAAUAUGAAAAGCACAUGAUUACCAGAAUAAUACUGAGAAAGGAAAAUAUCAAUGGAUUUUACAGUUUUUAAAAUGCAAAUCGCUUAUUUCACGUUAUUGUUGAAGCUUGAAUUAUGUUAGUUUGCAGAUUACAUAGCAAUACUAACUUCUAGUAAAUGUAUAAUGUUUACAUGCCGCUUAAUAAAUGCUAUGCACUAAUAAUAA